AUGCUAGGCCCUUGUUCUUUUUAUUUUGCACACGCUAGGCCAUUCUCCCGCUUUCCAUCACCCCGCCCCAUUCUCCCGCUUUCCAUCACCCCGCCCCAUUCUCCCUCUUUCCAUCAUCCCGCCCCAUUCUCCCUCCUUCCAUCACCCCGCCCCAUUCUUUCGCUUCCCAUCAUCCCGCCCCAUUCCCCCGCUUUCCAUCACCCCUCCCCAUUCUCCCUCCUUCCAUCACCCCGCCCCAUUCUCUCGCUUUCCAUCACCCCGCCCCAUUCUCCCGCUUUCCAUCACCCCGCCCCAUUUUCCCGCUUUCCAUCACUCCGCCCCAUUAUCCCUCCUUCCAUCACCCCGCCCCAUUCUCCCUCCUUCCAUCACCCCGCCACAUUCUCCCACUUUCCAUCACCCCGCCCCCUUCUCUCUCCUUCGAUCACCCCGCCCCAUUCUCCCUCCUUCCAUCACCCCGCCCCAUUCUCCCGCUUUCCAUCAGCCCGCCCCAUUCUCCCGCUUUCCAUCACCCCUCCCCUUUCUCCCGCUUUCCAUCUCCCCGCCCCAUUCUCCCGCUUUCCAUCACCCCGCCCCAUUCUCCCGCUUUCUAUCACCCCUCCCCAUUCUCCCUCCUUCAAUCACCCCGCCCCAUUCUCUCGCUUUCCAUCACCCCGCCCCAUUCUCCCGCUUUCCAUCACGCCGCCCCAUUCUCCCCCCCAUUCUCCCGCUUCCCAUAACCCCACCCCAUUCUCCCACUUUCCAUCACCCCGCCACAUUUUCCCACUUUCCAUCACCCCGCCCCCUUCUCUCUCCUUCCAUCACCCCGCCCCAUUCUCCCUCCUUCCAUCACCCCGCCCCAUUCUCCCGCUUUCCAUCAGCCCGCCCCAUUCUUCCGCUUUCCAUCAUCCCGCCCCUUUCUCCCGCUUUCCAACUCCCCGCCCCAUUCUCGCGCUUUCCAUCACCCCGCCCCAUUCUCCCGCUUUCCAUCACCCCGCCCCAUUCUUCCGCUUCCCAUCAUCCCGCCCCAUUCCACCGCUUUCCAUCACCCCUCCCCAUUCUCCCUCCUUCCAUCACCCCGUCCCAUUCUUCCGCUUUCCAUCACCCGCCCCAUUCUCCCGCUUUCCAUCACCUCGCCCCAUUCUCCCGCUUUCCAUCACCCCGCCCCAUUCUUCUGCUUUCCAUCACCCCGCCCCAUUCUCCCGCUUUCCAUCACCCCGCCCCAUUCUCCCUCCUUCUAUCACCCCGCCCCAUUCUCCCGCUUUCCACCACCCCGCCCCAUUCUCUCGAUUUCCAUCACCCCGCCCCAUUCUCCCGCUUUCCAUCAUCCCGCCCCAUUCUCCCUCCUUCCAGCACCCCGCCCCAUUCUCCCGCAUUCCAUCACUCCGCCCCAUUCUCCCUCCUUCCAUCACCCCGCCCCAUUCUCCCUCCUUCCAUCACCCCGCCCCAUUCUCCCACUUUCCAUCACCCCGCCCCAAUCUCCUGCUUCCCAUAACCCCACCCCAUUCUCCCGCUUUCCAUCUCCCCGCCCCAUUCUCCCGCUUUCCAUCACCCCGCCCCAUUCUCCCGCUUUCCAUCACCCCGCCCCAUUCUUCCGCUUCCCAUCAUCCCGCCCCAUUCCGCCGCUUUCCAUCACCCCUCCCCAUUCUCCCUCCUUCCAUCACCCUGCCCCAUUCUCUCGCUUUCCAUCACCCCGCCCCAUUCUCCCGCUUUCCAUCACGCCGCCCCAUUCUCCCGCUUUCCAUCACCCCGCCCCAUUCUCCCUCCUUCCAUCACCCCGCCCCAUUCCCGCCCCAUUCUCCCGCUUUCCAUCACCCCGCCCCAUUCUCCCGCUUUCCAUCACCCCGCCCCAUUCUCCCGCUUUCCAUCACCCCGCCCCAUUCUCCCGCUUUCCAUCACCCCGCCCCAUUCUUCCGCUUCCCAUCAUCCCGCCCCAUUCCACCGCUUUCCAUCACCCCUCCCUAUUCUCCCUCCUUCCAUCACCCCGCCCCAUUCUCCCGCUUUCCAUCACCCCGCCCCAUUCUCCCUCCUUCCAUCACCCCGCCCCAUUCUCCCGCUUUCCAUCACCCCGCCCCAUUCUCCCGAUUUCCAUCACCCCGCCCCAUUCUCCCGCUUUCCAUCACCCCGCCCCAUUCUCCCGCUUUCCAUCACCCCGCCCCAUUUUCCCGCUUUCCAUCAUCCCGCCCCAUUCUCCCUCCUUCCAUCACCCCGCCCCAUUCUUCCGCUUCCCAUCAUCCCGCCCCAUUCUCCCGCUUUCCAUCACCCCGCCCCAUUCUCCCUCCUUCCAUCACCCCGCCCCAUUCUCCUGCUUUCCAUCAGCCCGCCCCAUUCUCUCGCUUUCCAUCACCCCGCCCCUUUCUCCCGCUUUCCAUCUCCCCGCCCCAUUCUCCCGCUUUCCAUCACCUUGCCCCAUUCUCCCGCUUUCCAUCACCUUGCCCCAUUCUCCCGCUUCCCAUCACCCCGCCCCAUUCUCCCGCUUUCCAUCACCCCGCCCCAUUCUUCCGCUUCCCAUCAUCCCGCCCCAUUCUCCCGCUUUCCAUCACCCCGCCCCAUUCUCCCGCUUCCCAUAACCCCACCCCAUUCUCCCGCUUUCCAUCACCCCGCCACAUUCUCCCGCUUUCUAUCACCCCGCCCCAUUCUCCCUCCUUCCAUCACCCCGCCCCAUUCUCCCGCUUUCCAUCACCCCGCCCCAUUCUCCCGAUUUCCAUCACCCCGCCCCAUUCUCCCGCUUUCCAUCACCCCGCCCCAUUCUCCCGCUUUCCAUCACCCCGCCCCAUUUUCCCGCUUUCCAUCAUCCCGCCCCAUUCUCCCUCCUUCCAUCACCCCGCCCCAUUCUUCCGCUUCCCAUCAUCCCGCCCCAUUCUCCCGCUUUCCAUCACCCCGCCCCAUUCUCCCUCCUUCCAUCACCCCGCCCCAUUGUCCCGCUUUCCAUCACCCCGCCCCAUUCUCCUUUCUUCCAUCACCCCGCCCCAUUCUCCCUCAUUCCAUUACCACGCCCCAUUCUCCCGCUUUCCAUCACCCCGCCCCAUUCUCCCGCUUCCCAUAACCCCACCCCAUUCCCCCGCUUUCCAUCACCCUGCCCCCUUCUCUCUCCUUCCAUCACCCCGCCCCCUUCUCCUUCCUUCCAUCACCCCGCCCCAUUCUCCCGCUUUCCAUCAGCCCGCCCCAUUCUCCCGCUUUCCAUCACCCCGCCCCAUUCUCCCGCUUUCCAUCACCCCGCCCCAUUCUCCCGCUUUCCAUCACCCCGCCCCAUUCUCCCGCUUUCCAUCACCCCGCCCCAUUCUUCCGCUUCCCAUCAUCCCGCCCCAUUCCACCGCUUUCCAUCACCCCUCCCUAUUCUCCCUCCUUCCAUCACCCCGCCCCAUUCUCCCGCUUUCCAUCACCCCGCCCCAUUCUCCCUCCUUCCAUCACCCAGCCCCAUUCUCCCUCCUUCCAUCAUCCCGCCCCAUUCUCCCGCUUUCCAUCACCCCGCCCCAUUCUCCCGCUUCCCAUAACCCCACCCCAUUCUCCCGCUUUCCAUCACCCCGCCACAUUCUCCCGCUUUCUAUCACCCCGCCCCAUUCUCCCUCCUUCCAUCACCCCGCCCCAUUCUCCCGCUUUCCAUCACCCCGCCCCAUUCUCCCGAUUUCCAUCACCCCGCCCCAUUCUCCCGCUUUCCAUCACCCCGCCCCAUUCUCCCGCUUUCCAUCACCCCGCCCCAUUUUCCCGCUUUCCAUCAUCCCGCCCCAUUCUCCCUCCUUCCAUCACCCCGCCCCAUUCUUCCGCUUCCCAUCAUCCCGCCCCAUUCUCCCGCUUUCCAUCACCCCGCCCCAUUCUCCCUCCUUCCAUCACCCCGCCCCAUUCUCCUGCUUUCCAUCAGCCCGCCCCAUUCUCUCGCUUUCCAUCACCCCGCCCCUUUCUCCCGCUUUCCAUCUCCCCGCCCCAUUCUCCCGCUUUCCAUCACCUUGCCCCAUUCUCCCGCUUUCCAUCACCCCGCCCCAUUCUUCCGCUUCCCAUCAUCCCGCCCCUUUUCCCCGCUUUCCAUCACCCCUCCCCAUUCUCCCUCCUACCAUCACCCCGCCCCAUUCUCCCGCUUUCCAUCACCCUGCCCCAUUCUCCCUCCUUCCAUCACCCUGCCCCAUUCUCUCGCUUUCCAUCACCCCGCCCCAUUCUCCCGCUUUCCAUCACGCCGCCCCAUUCUCCCGCUUUCCAUCACCCCGCCCCAUUCUCCCUCCUUCCAUCACCCCGCCCCAUUCCCGCCCCAUUCUCCCGCUUUCUAUCACCCCGCCCCAUUCUCCCGCUUUCCAUCACCCCGCCCCAUUCUCCCGCUUUCCAUCACUCCGCCCCAUUCUCCCGCUUUCCAUCACCCCGACCCAUUCUCCCACUUUCCAUCACCCCGCCCCCUUCUCCCUCCUUUCAUCACCCUGCCCCAUUCUCCCGCCUUCCAUCACCCCGCCCCAUUCUCCCGCUUUCCAUCACCCCGCCCCAUUCUCCCGCUUUCCAUCACCCCGCCCCAUUCUCCCGCUUUCCAUCAACCCGCCCCAUUCUCCCGCUUUCCAUCAUCCCGCCCCAUUCUCCCGCUUUCCAUCAUCCCGCCCCAUUCUCCCUCCUUCCAUCACCCCGCCCCAUUCUCCCGCUUUCCAUUCCUCUGCCCCAUUCUCCCUCCUUCCAUCACCCCGCCCCAUUCUCCCUUCUUCCAUCACCCCGCCCCAUUCUCCCGCUUUCCAUCACCCCGCCCCAUUCUCCCGCUUCCCAUAA